UUAACAAAAUAUUUGACUCUACAGACAGAGAGAGCCUACCAAAAGCAGGCGCCAAUUUUCCAAAACAAAAAGCGUGUCCUGGGACAGACAGGCAAAAGGAAGGAACUGCGAUAUGUGCGCAAUGUUGGUCUAGGAUUUAAAACCCCUAAAGAGGUACUUUUUCGUUGGUUGUCAUUGUUUUGUCUGUUGAUGCAGGUAGUGGAUUGUUGGUUAGAAUCAAAACAAGCCUUGUAAAAUGGGCACUGCAUCCUGUUAUAUCUCUUUUCAAGUAACACUAUAAAAUCAUACAACUGUAGUGGCCCAAAUACCUUGGUUGCUGUGGAUCAAAUUUUUCUUUGAUUAGAAGUUUUUCCUUUAAUUUUUGAGUAAUCAUUAAAGUGCAACAUCACUACUUGUGACCAUUGUGGUAUCUUUAUGCCAGAAAGAAAGUGGAAUUUAGGCUUGCAGUUUUACAUUAUAUGUUCUGAUAUCAUUCCAGAAGACAUGUUCUUCAGGCUUGCUCAAAGAUGGGUCUUAUUAUCUUCUGCUAGAUAUUGCUAAGAGUCAAUAUUAUUAUUAUUAUUAUUAUUAUUAUUAUUAUUAUUAUUAUUAUUAUUAUUAUUAUUAUUAUUAUUAUUAUUAUUAUUAUUUUAAUGAGUCCAUAGUGUAGAACUUUUAGGUUCUUUUAUUAACGCAGUUCAACCACCUAUAGAAUCACAGCGUGGGGACUUCUCUAAGGAAAAGAGGGCCAGACACGUCCACGUGUACUUCAUGGAAGAUAAUUUACAAUAUGCAAUUUCACAGUUGCUACACAGUUGCUAAUAUAGAACGUUAAAGAACCUUAAGUUAUAAUAUUAUUGUAACUUAAAGUUCUUUAGACAUGUAUAUUCUUUGAAGCGUACAUGUAGCACAUACAGUGAAUAGAGAUCAGACCAUGCUUCGAGAGGUUUGUUGCAAGAGGUUAAAAACAAUACAAAAAGAUAAAAUCAUGUGCCCCAAAAAGGGUUUGUGGUCACUUACGUUACAGGAAGUGGUCAUUUGACAAGAUGUUCAACUGGAAGAGAAAACUUUGGUGUUUUUGGAUGAGUGGUUACCUAUAAGAAGUGGUUGCAUUUGGAGGUUCGAUUGUAAUUUAUAGGAAUCUUGUUCAGCCUGGCAGUAAGCUGCACUGACUUUUAAAUACUGUCUAUGUGAAUUCCUUCAACAGGCCAUUGAAGGAACAUAUAUCGACAAGAAAUGCCCCUUUACAGGAAACGUCAGCAUUCGUGGACGUAUUUUGACUGGCAUUGUUACAAGCAUGAAAAUGAAACGCACAAUUGUCAUCCGGCGGGACUACUUACACCUUGUCAAGAAGUACAACAGAUAUGAGAAGCGGCAUAAGAAUCUUUCUGCCCAUCUUUCACCUUGUUUCAGGUAGACUUCCUGUUUGUGUGCUAACACAGAAAGUAGAAUUAAUUAUAAAGAAUACAACAGAAUUGUUAUCAUUAAAGUACUUUUGAUUGAACUUACAGUUCAUGAGAUUAUUGACACAUAAAUACAUGUAAAAAACAGUGUAUUACUUUCUGCUGUUGUUCAGGGAUUUAGCUAAGGAAAAGCUAAGCAGGCUUUUUUAUUAGUCAAGCCAGCUUUUUUACUCAAUUGCACCUUCAAAGUUACCUUAUGUCUUUGUUUUCAGAGCAAUUUGAGCUUUUGGUCAUAAGUUCUUUUCAGCUGGUGAAAUUAGCGAGCUCUUUAUACAGUAGCAGCAUCUGUGGUGUUUAGAACUUGCAUUCUAAUUUAUUUUUAUUUACAGCGGUUACCACUAACACGCGUCCUCGGAGGGUUUUUUCUCCCUUUUGAAACUGAGUUUUCAUGGACGUCAAUUUAACUGUUUCCAUGAAUUUCUCAUGCACUUUGACAGAGAAGGUUCCCUCAUCACUGAAUGAAAGGCAAAGACUUGCAAUAUUUCACAUCAUGACAGCAUUUAUAAUUUUAUUUAUUUCAUUAAGAUGGAAGAUUACAUUGUUAAAACAACGAGGUCUCUGCGAGCUGAGUGAAAUAGCCGAAAUACUCUCUAACAGUUUUCAGGUUGUUCAUUUAAGCUUACUUGAUUGUAUGAAAACACAGGAGCCAUGGACGAAUUGCCAAGGAUCAUAAAUUCAAAGAAGCAAAAGAUAUCACACUGACAAGGGAAAAAAGUUACCUCUGAAUGGAGGCUGUUUUCGAAAACUAAUUUUGUAACCUGCAGAACUACUUAUCAUUCUUCAUGUUAUGGAGUAGAAUUUAGAACCAGCAAGAACUCAGACGAGUUGCGAGCGUGUAUUGAAAUAGUUUAUGUGGUUGUAACUUUCAGUGAGUAACUAAGUCAAUUUGAGUUUCCCCCGACAAAUAAUCAACAAAUUCGUACCCCUCAUAAUCUUGACAUGAAGCGGUGUCAGAUCCUGUAGCAAAAUAGUGCAAAAAUAGCUUAAAUGCCCACAUUUUCCUCCUUCGAGUGCUCGAGAAACCGGGAAAGAGUCUUCUCCAGGUUAACACAUAAAACCCAUGGUAACGGUUGAUUGACGUCCACCAAACCACAGGUUUGAACCGAAAAAAAACCCUUUGAAGGCACGUGUUAGUGGUAACCGCUGUAAGUAUAAUGAUAACAUUAUUUUUUACCAUUAUCAUUGUUUUUGUUUGUUUGUUUGUUUGUUUGUUUUUUUAUGAGUAGAUUUUAUGUUCAGGAAACCAAAAUCUGAAAGUUACAUUAUUUGUACCUGCCGGGAUGAACAAGUCAAAUGAAAAUAAUAAGCCUGAACAAAGUCCAGGGCCCAGUUGUCCGAGGGCCGGUUAGCGCUUAACCUGGGGUUAACUUUAACCCUGGUUUCUUUUUCUUGUGUUCAAAAGCAUUUUCUUGAUAAUUUUCUCUCUUAUUUUUAGAGCUUCCAAUUAUCAACUUGUGGACAAAAAGAAUUAAAACUGAAUUGCUUUUUAAGCUUUCAAAUCUUAAUUCAAAUCUCACACUAACCCUAGGUUAUCUUAACCCAGCUUUGAACAACUCGGCCUUGUACUAUAUGACCACUCAAAUGAAACAGUUUUGAAGAGUGUUCCCUUGCACGUGAUUUUUUACAUACAUACAUAACAAUUGAUUUCAUUUUGGGUUCAAAUUAUUGUUAGCAUAGAAGGUGCUAGUGAGUUCCUAUAUUUUUGUGUGGCAUUAGUGAGCAGAGGUAUCAAGGUCUCUGUUGGUCCAUUUAAAAGGUGCUGGUGGGCAGUUGAUUCUACUUGUAUAAGACUCAACCCUCAGUAGCUUGUUGCAAUUGACAAAUAAAAUGUGUGUGUCCUGGCUAAGCUUGGUGGAAAGAUUAAAAAAUAAAACAAAAAGUGCACACAAACACUAACACACCCCCCUUAGUAGGAACUUGAACUCAGUCAGGAUCAGUGACAUGACUGGGGACAGCUAUGCCACCCCAUCACACAAACAUGCCCUUCGCUUUUGUCAAAAGUGUUGUAAUGGUUGCAAUCUGCAUAAAUAAUGUUCCUUAGAAGUUGAGCAAUAGGCUGGCAAUUGUUCCUGAUGGAAAAUUUUUAAAGCUUCCCAAGUUUGGGCGGAUAUUUUUGUUUUCAUGACACUGUUGCUGGGCAACGGCAUCCACCUAAUCUAGUUAUUUACAUCAAAGGCAACUUAAGAUUUGACUGUGCUAAGCAGUCCAUGCACAACCCCUGCAGAAUUUGAUUUUUGCAACUUAAGUAAACUUUGCUCCUUGAGUAUUGUUUGGUUCAAUAUGUUACUUCAGAUGUAAAUGUAUCGCGUCUUUCUACCUACUUGCUACUAGUCUUUACAAAUCGUCAAUCAUUCAAAAGGUGGAAAACGCUAUUCUUUCUGGCUGGUAAUGUCAUUGGUUUCCCAAAAUUAAUACUUAUCAGCUGGAUGUUGAGUUUUCUGGUGAAUAGUACUAUCCAACGUUUGAACAGCCAGGGCCAGGUGAUUAAGUGAGCACACUUAAUGCUGUGCUGUGCAAUGUACAUGUAUGUAAUUUUAGUGCAAUUGGUGGUUGUGAUUGGUGUGACUGUUUACUGCCUGUCUGUAUGACUUGAUGAAGACUUGCAGUAAGCAUUUGAAAUGUUAGCUUGCUAGCAAGCUCUCCAUGCUUGCUAGUUCUCUUGCGGGUUGCUUUGCUUGCCAUAGAUGGAAAGCUUACCAGCAGGCUAUGGAAAUAGUAAAAUGCUCAUAUAUAUGUACCCCUGAAGUGACUACAUAGUACAUUGUGAGAAAGUUCAAUUAUUAUUCACUUAAUUAUUCCAUCUUGCUGAUGCUAAGCUUGUUGUUAAACUUUGAAAAAAAUUUUUUAUGAUUUUAAACAUCUGCAAAGCUCCUUACAAUAUGUUUUGUUCUUGUUUACUUGUGCUUAGGGAUGUUGGUCUUGGUGAUGUAGUGACUGUUGGUCAGUGCCGUCCUCUCAGUAAGACAGUGAGAUUUAAUGUACUGAAGGUCAGCAAGGGAAAAGGCAGCAAGGACAAGAAACAAUUUGAGAAGUUUUAA